UUUGGAGUAAAGUCCCUUUAAAAAUGGAAUCUGAUAAGAAAUGGUUUAUGACAAUAUAUAAACUCUUAUUUUUUUAAAUUAAUUUUCCAAUCAGGGAAAACUAAGUGUAUUUUUGUGUAAACGAUGUCUGGCAUACCGACCGACUCCAUUGCUCUUUUAAAUUUCUUCGUUUUUAAUCCAGAGUACGGAACAAGAGAAGGAGAGGAGGAAAAGAAAAUUUUAUUUUACCAUCCCCCUGAAGUUGAUAUUGACACAAAAAUAAAAAGAGUUGGUUUAAGUGAAGCUAUUGUUAAAUUUUCAGAGACUUUUUCAGAUAGACCAUGCCAAAGUCUACAUACACAGAAAACAAGGCAGGUCUUCUUAGAACCUGAACCAUCCUUUUGGAUGAUAAUGACUGUGUCCAUUCCAUUUAAAGAAAAAUCCCUUGAUGGUCAGAAAGUGACGGAGUACAGAGAUGACCAUGUCCAAGAUUCAGUAUUUGAGGCCAUCCUAGGACAAGCAUAUAAGAUGUUUAAACUGUUUAAUGGAACUUUCACUACAAUCCUAAACCGAGCAAACGGGGAAGUAGAGGCUUUAAAACAAAGACUGGAACAUUUCUACAGCAAAUAUUUGUUGACUGUGAAAAUAGCACAUGGUGAUAUAUUGGAUAUAUUCAAUGGCAUUCACUUCCUGCCACUGGACAAGAAUACUUACCUGCGCAUACAGUGUUUUAUCAACAGCCUAGAGGCCACUUUCCCAUUCCUUAAAUAUACAGCUUUUUUAUACAAUGAAAAGUUAGUUUGCAGGAGUGGCCUAGAACAGGAAGACAUGCGCAUCAUGUACAAGUACCUGACCUCCAGCCUCUUCCCCACAUACAUGGAGCAGGAGCUACAUGGGGUACACAGCAGAACCUCUAGUGGCUUUGGUCACUAUGGCAAGUUUAUGACAGGACCACCAGACCUGAAUGAUGACCACAACAUGGGUAAGCUGCCACGCGUGUUUGUCAACACCGAGGAGUUGGAUGAAGAGUGUUAUUUGAUCGUCUACACAGCCCUCAGUGCCACCAUUUGCCUGCUGGUCAAUGUGAGAAGUCCUUUAAAUGUGCCUUUGUGUCGGAAACUGGACUCUGUUCUUGGGCCUCAGAUGACCAAACUUGCAUCUGAUAUUAGUGACCAGUACAACAAGAGGGUAGCUGCACUCAACUCAAGUGACCCUGUCUUUAAGUAUGUGUAUUUUAACCACAUGAACCUGGCCCAGCAGACAACUGUACACAUUGACCUCCAGAAAAGGUCAGGGGUCAACAUUCCACAUGACAUUCUGCGCCUGCUAGGUGACAUCAAUGCAGAUCUCACAAAAGACUGUGAUGAUGGUGAGACCAUUGUUAAGACAAGUUCAGACUACUGGGUUGUGGGCAAAAAAUCUGAUCAGCGUGAAUUUUAUGUGGUCAUCAACCAGAGGAAUGCCAACCUUCUAGACAUAAAUGAGGAAGUGAAAAGACUUUGCAGUACAUACCUAAAUAGCAUAUUCUUUUUAGAUUAACUUAGAAUGCAUACUGGUGAUAACUUUGACAUUAGAAAUUUGUCUUAUAAAGUUAUUUCAUUUGUUUAUAUUGAACAAUGAUUUUAGCAUCUAUUUAAUGAUAUUUUUGUGUUAUCAUAAUUUUGAUUACAUAAGAUUUAGGUGUAAUUGUCAGUUUGAUUACAUCUAGUAAUGAUUAAAUGCUACUAUAAAGGGCCGCCUUGAUGUAAUAAGGGCCAUCUUGGUAGAGGACUUCUUUGUGCCUGAGAUAGUCAAAUAAAAUAAUUUGGAACUUUGUAUGCUCAGAACAUGUUCUAUUAAGUCAUUAAUGUGCUGGAAAAAAAGGGAUUUGACUAAUCCCACAAGUAAGAAUGUUUUGAAGGAAGCCAAAUGUUUUCUACAUAGCAGAUUGAAUGGUGCAUCUGUUCCAGUCAAGCCAUUCUUGAGAAAAGCUGAACUGAAAUCUGUCACCCAGCCCUAAGUUGCUCUCGUCAUUCAUCACAAUUCACAGCACAAAACUGACCAGACACACAGCAACCAUGAAACAGACUGACCAGACACACAGCAACCAUGAAACAGACUGACCAGACAC